GCCACCCACCCCCGAACGCCCCGUCUGUGUCGUGUCGUCACAACGACACCGCACUCCUCCCCGACCUCCGCUCACCGCCUCAGCCAGUCGCAUUUUGACGGUGGACCACUGUGUACGUGAUUACCUUCCUCCUUUUUAACCACAAAUACUUGAUUACCCUAAAUACCCGCAAUGGCCUGCUCAGUCAGCGACGCUCCCUCCCUCAAGGACUUGCCGAAGGUCGCCACUGAUCUCAAGAGCCAGCUCGAAGGGUUCAACACCAGCUGUUUGAAGGACGUAGACACCAACGAGAAAAUUGUGUUGCCAUCUGCUGAAGACCUAGCGAACGAAAGGCAACAUUCAGCGCUUCUACAAGGCGUAGAACAAUUCCAAACUUCCUCCCUCAGGAGAACAGACACCGUAGAAAAAAUUGUACUACCAAACGCACUAGAUGUUGCCACCGAGAAAAAUCAAAAGUCCCUAUUCGAUGGAAUUGAAAAGUUUGACGCUAGCCGGUUGAAGCACACAGAGACACAAGAAAAGAACCCCCUUCCUGAUAAAGAUGUUGUCGCCGCGGAGAAGGCACACCAAAACCUGCUGGAGGGGGUGGAACACUUUGACAAGAGUCAGAUGAAACACGCGACCACAGAAGAAAAGAACCCGCUGCCGCCUAUGGAAGCUAUCGAAGCUGAGAAAGAGAAGAACAAGUUCUUAAAUGGCAUUGAGAACUUCGACCCCACUAAGUUGAAGCACACGGAGACUUGCGAAAAGAACCCACUACCCACCAAGGACGUCAUCGAGCAGGAGAAGACUGCCUGAACUGCUCCAUCCAAGCUCUCGCAAUUAUAUCCCGCUAGUAUCGCCGUAUUUUAAAAUCGAUGUAAGUUACGUAAUCGUCCCGUUUGUGGUGUCCAUUGGGCGGUAAGGGUUGCCAAACCUUAAACUUUCGUUUGCUUUGAAUCUUUUCUCCGAAAACAAAUGUAAAUUCGAUGAAAUCAAUCGCCAGAGCGCUUCCCAUAUAAUUAGGUAAAAACUGGGGAAAUAUGAAAGAGUUGGCAACCCUAAAAGUAAGGAAUGUUCUAAUGUGGAUAGAUUAAAAAAAAGGAACGGAUACCACUAAUGGGUCCUUAUCAUUAGUUGAUAGGAAUCAAAAUUUCUAUGUCACUUUUAACGGUAUAUAUUUUAGUAAGUGUAUUUUACGAGCAUUUUAUAAUUUAAUUUAUAUUGAAGAAAUAAUUAAGUAUUAUGUCCAGUACUGAUUUAUUUAAGCUGGGAACACAUUGCACUCCAACUUAUCUUGAUUGUGCUUGUGUUCUCUAUUAAUUUAGUUGAGAAUAUUUUAUAUUUGAAUUAAAAUGAGAUUCACGCAUCUGUAUGUAUGAGAUGCCUCUGGUCUGGUCAAUAAAUAAAUUAGGAGUGUAGUUACCAACUCUCAUUUGGAUCUAAAUUUAUUAUUUGGCUUUGAUUUCACUGUUAAUGUUAUAUUUCACGAAAUAUCAUGUUAACCGAGAAAUAAAACAUCGAAAAAGUUGUGUAAUAAUAUUGCUCAAGCUAUGAAUGUAAUAGAUAAGAAUCUGUCUGGUUCCAGAAAAGCAAUAGUUUUUCAAGAUUUGUACUGAAUUAGAAUAACAAUAAUAUUUUAUAUUGUCAUAUACAUCAAUAAUUUUUCAAUUUUAUAAUAAUUGUAUGCUAUCGAUGCCAAUACUGAAAACAUUUUUACCGGAAUUUUGUAUGUUUUACAGACGGUGCUUUUUAUAAAUAUAGAUUGAGAAAAACAA